AUGGAUAAAGCAACGCAUGAGCAACAAGAAAAAGCUAUUGUUGUCGCAUGGGAUUGGACAUCUGUUCAAGUUCCACUUGAUAAAAUCAACAUAUUUGUCAAUAAGAUUCGUUCCACAAUUGCCGAAAAUCUGGAGGAACAUCAUCCACGUGAAUGUGCUUUUUUGGUCUAUUGUGAUACUCGUUUCACACCACUUGCCAUAACUCGAGAAUUGGCUAAGUGUUCGAAUGUGGAUAUACAUCAUAUCGAAUCACACGAAUCUUCCUGGGGUAUUUGUAAAAAGCUACACCGUUUUCAUGUUGAUUAUGAUCCUGGUGUUCUUGCUCUUAUUUCUGGUGCCUCAGUAGCAUACGGUCCAAUACUUACAAAACUUAGUCGUUGCGGAUGGUGCGUUCAAUUAUUUCAUCCAGAAAAUGCACCACGAGAUUAUGUGGAUUAUGGUGAUCAUAAUUGGUCGGUUGAACGCUUACUUGAUGGAGAAAUUGGAAAUAUUAAUAUUAGCGUAACUUUCCCGCACACGGUAUAUUUUUUGGUAAGUGAAUUGUGCAACAGUGAUGAGUCAUUUGGUUUCUUGAGUAAUGUUACCGAACAGUACGAAUCAAACGUUAUCUAUUUUAAUGAAAAAGCUGCUGAAGCAAUUGUUGAAUUGAAAGCAUUUGAUAUUGAAAGUGUUUACCGAAGGAUUGAGGGGAUACACGGGGUAGUACGUCGGGAUGAAGAGGAGGAGAAUUGA